AACUGUAGUGUGAGAACAGGUUUGAAAAAGAAAAGUUUAGGGCGGGGGAGACCACUAUUGGUGGUCUAAUUUUAAUAUUUCAAACAGCUGCGUAUUAUAGCUAGGGUGUUUGGACGGUUGUCAUGGAAAUAAGCCCCGCCCCUUAAGCUGCGUCCUCUCUUUGACCUGUCAGUGAGGGAGGGACAGUCCAGGCAGUUCUGUGCGUGUUCACUGUUUAGUAGUACUCAAAACUGCCAGUGUGAGAGGAUUUGGAAAUCACGGGAUCUGCUCAAUACAAAAAUGUUUUUUCGAGUCUUUCUCCAUUUUAUCAGGAGUCAUUCUGCCACUGCAGUGGAUUUCCUUCCUGUGAUGGUGCACCGGCUCCCAGUUUUCAAAAGGUACAUGGGAAAUACUCCUCAGAAAAAAGCCGUCUUUGGGCAGUGUCGGGGUCUGCCAUGUGUUGCACCGCUGCUGACCACAGUGGAAGAGGCUCCACGGGGCAUCUCUGCUCGAGUCUGUGGACAUUUUCCUAAGUGGCUCAAUGGCUCUCUACUUCGAAUUGGACCUGGGAAAUUCGAGUUUGGGAAGGAUAAGUACAAUCAUUGGUUUGAUGGGAUGGCGCUGCUUCACCAGUUCAGAAUGGCAAAGGGCACAGUGACAUACAGGAGCAAGUUUCUACAGAGUGAUACAUAUAAGGCCAACAGUGCUAAAAACCGAAUUGUGAUCUCAGAAUUUGGCACACUGGCUCUCCCGGAUCCAUGCAAGAAUGUUUUUGAACGUUUCAUGUCCAGGUUUGAGCUGCCUGGUAAAGCUGCAGCCAUGACUGACAACACUAAUGUCAACUAUGUGCGGUACAAGGGUGAUUACUACCUCUGCACUGAGACCAACUUUAUGAAUAAAGUGGACAUUGAAACUCUGGAAAAAACAGAAAAGGUAGAUUGGAGCAAAUUUAUUGCUGUGAAUGGAGCAACUGCGCAUCCUCAUUAUGACCCGGAUGGAACAGCAUACAAUAUGGGGAACUCCUUUGGGCCAUAUGGUUUCUCCUAUAAGGUUAUUCGGGUUCCUCCAGAGAAGGUGGACCUUGGGGAGACAAUCCAUGGAGCCCAGGUGAUAUGUUCUAUUGCUUCUACAGAGAAAGGGAAACCUUCUUACUACCAUAGCUUUGGAAUGACAAGGAACUAUAUAAUUUUCAUUGAACAACCUCUAAAGAUGAACCUGUGGAAAAUUGCCACUUCUAAAAUUCGGGGAAAGGCCUUUUCAGAUGGGAUAAGCUGGGAACCCCAGUGUAAUACGCGGUUUCAUGUGGUGGAAAAACGCACUGGACAGCUCCUUCCAGGGAGAUACUACAGCAAACCUUUUGUUACAUUUCAUCAAAUCAAUGCCUUUGAGGACCAGGGCUGUGUUAUAAUUGAUUUGUGCUGUCAAGAUAAUGGAAGAACCCUAGAAGUUUACCAGUUACAGAAUCUCAGGAAGGCUGGGGAAGGGCUUGAUCAGGUCCAUAAUUCAGCAUCCAAAUCUUUCCCUCGAAGGUUUGUUUUGCCUUUAAAUGUCAGUUUGAAUGCCCCUGAGGGAGACAACCUGAGUCCAUUGUCCUAUACUUCAGCCAGUGCUGUGAAACAGGCUGAUGGAACGAUCUGGUGCUCUCAUGAAAAUCUACAUCAGGAGGACCUAGAAAAGGAAGGAGGCAUUGAAUUUCCUCAGAUCUACUAUGAUCGAUUCAGUGGCAAAAAGUAUCAUUUCUUUUAUGGCUGUGGCUUUCGGCAUUUAGUGGGGGAUUCUCUGAUCAAGGUUGAUGUGGUGAAUAAGACACUGAAGGUUUGGAGAGAAGAUGGCUUUUAUCCCUCAGAACCUGUUUUUGUUCCAGCACCAGGAACCAAUGAAGAAGAUGGUGGGGUUAUUCUUUCUGUGGUGAUCACUCCCAACCAGAAUGAAAGCAAUUUUCUCCUAGUUUUGGAUGCCAAGAACUUUGAAGAGUUGGGCCGAGCAGAGGUACCUGUGCAGAUGCCUUAUGGGUUCCAUGGUACCUUCAUACCCAUCUGAUGGGACAACCAUAAGGAAACUUUUCCAAGUCUGUUAUUAAUCAGUGACUUGUCCUGCUUUUCAUCAUAUACAGUGAUGAUUUUUCUCAUAUAGAGUGGAGCUGUCCUCUCCAGUACCUGGAACAAUGCCAGCCACAUAGUAGAUGCCCAAUAAAUAUUUAGUGAAAGAGUGAAUGGAAGCAAGAGGUGACAUGAUUCUGGGAACUGUGUGUAGUUUGGUUACUCUUGUGAGUAGAUGUGAGGAAACAAGAUCCUUUCACUCUCAAUGUGUCUACACUGGCAGAAGAAUUGCUAAUAUGUGUUUAGGGGUGUCUGUAUUCACACUAUGCCAACCCAGAGUAAUAAAUGGGUCCAUACAUGCUUGUGGAUAAGAAUGGCUUUAGAAUUUCCCUUAGUAAGAGUCAUUACACAACAGUCCAAAGGACUGUUGUCACGUGGUCCUAUUUGUGCUCUCAAAUUCUUGCUCUUUAAAAAUUUUUUUUAAAGAAACGGUAUUAAUCCUAAGCAAAAAGAACAAAGCUGGAGGCAUCACGCUACCUGACUUCGAACUAUACUACAAGGCUACAGUAACAAAAACAGCAUGGUAUGGGUACCAAAACAGAUAUAUACACCAACGGAACACAACAGAGGCCUCAGAAAUAACACCACACAUCUACAACCAUCUGAUCUUAGACAAACCUGAUAAAAACAAGAAAUGGGGAAAGGAUUCCCUAUUAAAUAAAUGGUGCUAGGAAAACUGGCUAGCCACAUGUAGAAAGCUGAAACUGGAUCCCUUCCUUACACCUUACACAAAAAUUAACUCAAGAUGGAUUAAAGACUUAAAUAUCAGACC